AAAAAAAGAAACCCCCAAAUGCCCAUACGGAUUCAUUCUCACUCGAAGAGUCAUUUGGCCGGCCAAGAGGGAAACAACCUCAUUCUCCUGUACGGCCGGUCACUACAAAUUUACCACCGUAUGAGAGAAAGAAGUAAAACCUGGGUAAGUUGUGAAACUGAGAGAGAAAAAUUUUGAAAGCAAAAUCUGCAAGUGGGAUACGACCAUAAACCAUUUCCAGAGCACAGCUAUCCUCCAGAAAUCAGCCCCACAAACGAACAUCACACGUUCCACCACCAACUGCCAUCUCCCCAUCUCUCCCUCUCUCUCUUCCCAAAUUCUCUUCUACGCUUAUUCAUCAGCGUUAAAAGAGAGAGAAAAACGUGAGAGACUCAUGACGGAAGAGGAAAUGCGCCGCCGUCGAUUCCGACCACCUCUGGCCAACCCAUAGUGAUCCGAGAUCAAAUCCAAGAAGCCCAUGAGCUGAUCUACAAAACCCCCAUCACCACGCCGCCCGAUUCCCCGCCGAUCGGCCGGAAUUUCAGUUUGAAAUUCCCGGCCACCGCAUCUUCCAACGCAGUUUCCGGUGCCUUCCGACGUCUAAUCUCCGGAAAGUGCUUUCUUUGGACUGCUCUCGUCGAACUGAACAAAUCCAUACUAAGUUUGCUGAACAAAUCCUUUUAUUCACGAGUGUUGCUUUUGCUUAUCGUGGUUUCGCAAUCUCCGUCCUCUUUUCGGGCUCCCCUAAUUUCAGCCCUCCAUAUCCCAAGCUAUUUCCUUUUGAUUUUGAAUUCAGGAUUUGAAGGAAGCAACGGUGAAGUCUUUAGGGCUUCAAGCCGAUGACCUCAAGAUUUCUGGUUUUGAUAUAAGAGAUGCGCGGGUGGGGUAUUCGGUGGCGUACGAAUUCCACGUUGAGGUCGACAAUAAGGUGCUUCCUUUCAAGCUUUUGGAGGACAUUAACAGGUGGGAUUAUGCCAGGGGGAGAGAGAGAGAGAGAGAGAGAGAGAGAUUUGAAGUGUUUCAAUGAGGGAGGUGGUUUUGAGCAGUGAGGAUUUGGAGAUGAACGAAGCAGCAGAGAAGAAUAGAAUAGAGACAGAAAUGAAUACUUGUAGUAAUAACAACAAUAAGAACAGUAAUUAUAAUGGAAGUUGGAAGAAGAAAGAUGGUUGUAGUUCGAGCGGGGCGAUUACGAGGUGUGACAGGUUCUUGCCGGGGAUGAUGAUGCGGGUUUUGUUGGUCGAAGCUGAUGAUUCCACCAGGCAGAUUAUCGCCGCUCUUCUCAGGAAAUGCAGCUACAGAGUUGCUGUGGUACCCGAUGGCUUAAAGGCAUGAGAAUUACUGAAGGGAAGACCACACAACGGGGAUCUCAUAUUGAUAGAAGUGGAUUUGCCUUCAAUAUCUGGGUCUCAAGCAGUGGUUGGGCUGAAGGUGAAUGUAAGGGAAAAGCCGGUUGGUUUCCAUUUAACUAUGUGGAAAGGCGAGAACGUGUGCUUGCGACCAAGGUGGCUAAAGUCUUCUGCGGUUACCCAGUAGUGGAGCUUUUCUUACCUUUGUUUUUAUCAGAAAUUUUCGUCUCUUCUUUUGGUAAUCUAGUGGUUAAACAGUGGAGAUGACUUUUUUGUGGAAGCAUUUUGUCAAGAUGGAAGGAUUUACUUCACCAUUGCACUUAGACAUUUUGGAGAUGACUUCUCUGUUUUCUUUACUUGUUUUGAAUGUUAAGGUUUUGGACACUGUAUGAAUUAUGUUGUAGACGUAAUUUUAUGGAUAGCUUGAUAGUUACUGAUAACAAUUGAUAUGUUGAAUGUUUUUAUAUUUUAA